AUGGACAGGAAUGAGAUCAAGGGUACCGAUAUUGGAGUCAAGAAUGGCGGGACGAAUAAGGCUACUAUUCUACUUCUCGGUGGUACGGGAAAGGUCGCCCGUCGAAUCGCUCCUCUCCUCUCUGACGAUGGAUACAACGUUCUUUUAGCAUCUCGAUCCGGAUCGUCUCCAGUAUCACUGCCAAACACUAAAGGAGUUAAGUUCGACUGGUUAGAUACGAAUAGUUAUGAUAAUCCGUUUAUCUCAUCCGAGGGGGACGGCGACACGAAAGAAAAUUCAAUUGAAGCGGUUUUUAUGAUCGCUCCUCCUGUUCUCGAUGCACUUCCUCUGGCUAAAAGGUUUAUCGAUGGAGUAAUUAAGAGAGGAGUAAGAAGAAUUGUAUUUCUGAGUGGGAGUAUACUACAUUGUGGGGAUGGACCAAUUUUAUCUCAGAUAUCUGAGUAUAUAAAAGGAAGAGGAAAGAAGUUUCAGACACUUAAAGAAGAAUCGGAGAAUUCCGACCCGAACGCAGUGGAAUGGACGAUAUUGAAACCGAGUUGGUUUAUGGAAAAUUUCUCGGAAAUGCACCAUUUAUACACCAUCCGCGAUGAAAAUCGAUUAAUUUCAGCAACGGGUACAGGGAAAAUCCCGUUUGUUAGUGUAGAAGAUAUCGCAAAUGUGGCACGUAAAGCACUCAUUGGGUGGAGAAGUGAUGAUUUUGAGAGGGGAUUGAUGGGGAAGGAAUUGGUUUUGAGGGGAAGUGCAUUGUGGUCUUAUGAUGAUAUUGCUGCGCUCUUGACGGAAUUGUUGGGGAGGGAGAUUAGUCAUGUGGGUGUGGAGGAAGAGGAGAUUGUCAAGGGGAUGCUGGAGGGUGGGGUGGAGGAGGGGUUGGCGGGGGUUUUGGGGGAGCUUGAUGGUGCGGUUAGGAGGGGGGAGGAGGCUUGGUUGGGGGGAGAUUUGGAGGGGGUUAUUGGGGGGAGGGGGAGAGUGUGA